ACCUUAUGUGCCCCGGUACGAUGUGCGUCGUUCUUCCGCAUCUUCAGCAUCUUCCGUGCGUCUCCCUCCCACCCUCAAUCGAAGACUUCCUCUCAGGACCAGCAGCGGCUCACAGUCGUCGCUUGUGUCUUUUUUCUUGCAAGUACUUCUUAUUGUUUUUAGACCUGAAAGACAUAUUAAUGAAAAUGUCACAUAGAACCACCUGCCUGUGGAGUUUCCUUGUGCUGUCUCUUUGCACCGUGAACUGUGAUGUGGUCUACAUGAAAGUGGGAGAACAAGGCAAGCUUUCCUGCAAAUACUACACUGAGAAACAAGAGGUAUCAUGGACAUUCAACUCCCAGCUCAUUGGCCGUGAAUCUAAGACUGGGGCAUCAGAGAGAGGGGCGGCACCAAUGAGUUCACGAAGUUGGUUUUCCCGUGGAUCUCUAUCCAUCAAGAAGGUGGAAGAGUCAGAUGCUGGAAAAUACAGCUGCAAAGUGCAAUGGAACACUCAAGAGCUGAGCGCGAUGACAUAUAAAUGCUCGGCUCAGCCCACUGGGCCUUUCUUUCUGAAUGAAGCAGUGAACAUUCAGUGUAAUGUGAUGGACGGGGCCAAAGUCAAAUGGACUUGCAAAAGUCCCAGUGGGCAUUCACAUAUGGCCUCUGACUCGGGUUCUGUUAAAGUGACCCUUGUAAAUAUAAGUGACGGAGGGAAAUGGGAGUGUUUCUUUGAGGAAAAUGGACAGAAACCCAUUUAUUCCCUGGAGAUUACCAUCAUAGGUCUGAUGCCAAGUGGAAACGUGACAGUCCAAGAGGGAGAGUCACCCAUUCUCCCUUGUGCUCUGCAAUCCAAGCCAGGAAUCAACUUAAAGCCAAAAAAUAUAAUUUGGAAGAGACUCAGCCCUAACUCGUCCCCGUUUUUGGAGGCAGAGUCAUCAAAAGAGGGUGCACUUAAAAAGAAACCCACCAACUCUCCUGGAGACUUCAAAAAUGUGAAGUUUUCCGCAGAGAAUCUGAACUAUAACUUUUCUGUGACGUUGACCAAUGUGAAGGCAUCACAGGCAGGCACCUACAUGUGCUCUGUGAAAUUUGACAAUGAAAAAACCAUCAUCCACGAGAUGAUGUUAGUCAUCAUGGAUCAGGAUGCACCCCAAGGAAUUUACCCAGGAAACAGCAAUAAUGGUUCAGGGGUCCAAUCCAAGGCAACGUUCAUGUUGGGCAUUGAGCUGUGGAUAUGGAUUGCGACUGGGGUUGGAUGUGUGGUCCUGAUCAUUCUUGUCAGCACUGCUGUCAUUCUGUAUCAGAAAAGAAAGAGAAUCAAGAGGAAGGCGAAGAACAUGAGGUCUACGAAGCACCCGCUGAUGCCCAGAGACUACUGCCAUUGUAACCGGGGUGAGUCGGGGCAACCGAACGGGAAGCAGAGGGAGCACCGUCACACCUCAGACGCCAGAAGCAGCAAGGAGAGCAGGCCGGCUCAGCAGAGGAACCGAGAAAGGCAAGAGAAGGUGCCGUGAGGCAGGAAGUGCGCCUCAGCGUGUCAACAACGGGUGUAAGCUCUGUACACCUGCAUUUACAUUCUUAGUUUUAAUUAAACACUUCAAAUAAUGUGCAUGUCUUUGUCAGAGCAAAUGGCCUCAGCUUGAAUUCAUGUAAUUUGUCUAUUUCAUUCAUUCUUUUUAUUUUGUUCACAAAGUUUGUCUCAUAAAUGUGGUUUUUUUUUUGGCAAAAGGACAUUUAUAAUGCAUGUAUUUUCCAUUCUGACUGC